AUGGCCGACGAGGAAAUCCCUGAUCUAGUACCAGCAGUCGAGACUGGCAUCGCAGCAGAACCAACACCGUCGUCAACUGACGCUGUCGCCAGUGAAGAGCCGUUCCGCAAGAUCCCUGUAACUAUCGUGACAGGUUUUUUGGGUAGCGGCAAGACAACCCUUUUAAACUAUAUUCUCACGGAAAAGCAUGAAAAGAAAAUUGCUGUGAUUCUUAAUGAAUUUGGAGAGAGUAGCGAUAUCGAAAAAUCCUUGUCGAUUAACCAAGAGGGUACACUGUACGAAGAAUGGCUCGAAUUACGUAAUGGCUGUCUAUGCUGCUCUGUCAAGGACAACGGUAUCACAGCAAUUGAGAAUCUGAUGAAAAAGCGAGGUAAAUUCGAUUACAUUCUCCUUGAGACCAGUGGGUUGGCCGAUCCUGGACCGAUUGCGUCGAUGUUUUGGCUGGAUGAUGGCUUAGGAAGCGAGCUGUUUUUGGAUGGCAUCGUGACUUUGGUGGAUGCAAAGCAUAUCCGUGAAUAUAUGGGAGAGAAGAAGGAAGAUACUUUGAUCAAUGAAGCCUUAAAGCAAAUAGCAAUUGCCGACCGUAUCGUGAUCAACAAGAAAGAUUUGUUAUCUGAAACAGAACUGGAAAAACUCCAGGAAGACAUCCGGGAUGUCAACACAUUAGCUGAUAUCCUGCAGACUGAACGCUCUAGAAUUCCACUGGACUUUGUUCUCGAUAUCCAGGCAUAUGAUGUGCACAAUGCCGAUGCUUUGGCACAGCAAACACAAAAGAUUGAGCAGCACAACAGUGUCCAUGCUCACACUGUUGGUCAUGAUGUACAAACUAUCUGUCUCCAUUUCAACGAGCAAUUGGAUACACUUGAACUUUUAGAGUCUUGGAUUCAAACGCUGCUCUGGGAGAAGACAAUCCCCGGCGACGACGAGCAAAAAGCUGAUGAUGAUCAAUCACAAGUGAUCGUUUUGCGCUUAAAGGGCAUAGUCCUCCCACCCAAAGACAACAGCAAUACAGCUGUUCGAAAGCGUCUCGUAAUCCAGGGCGUACAAGACUUGUAUGACAUUCAAGAAGGUUAUGCACAUGAGCAAACGGAUAUCAAUGAUCAAACAAGCAAGAUUGUUCUCAUUGGCAAAAACUUGGAUAAAGAUCGCCUACUAGACUCGUUCAAGAAAUGGGUUCGUUUAGAGAACGCUUUUUAG